AUGACGAUGCAGUGGCCACGCAGAUAUGAUCAUGUCGACAGAAUCCUCGACAAGCCCGGGCCCUCCACUGACGACGCCUUUCAGGCAGGAGCUGCCGUGAAGGACUUCUUGCGCACCCAAUGCAAGAUCCUGGUCAUCGGUGCCGGUGGUCUCGGCUGCGAGAUCCUCUCCAACCUCGCACUCAGCGGCUUCCAUCACAUUCAUAUAAUCGACAUGGACACCAUCGAUGUAUCCAAUCUGAAUCGCCAGUUCCUAUUCCGCGAAAAGGACGUCGGCCGUUCCAAGGCCCAAGUCGCAGCAGAUUUCGUACAGCGUCGAGUCCCCGGCGUACGCAUUACACCUUAUCACGGUAAGAUCCAGGACAAAGAUGAGGAAUACUACAAGCAAUUCAACAUCAUCAUUUGUGGUCUCGAUUCAGUCGAAGCCAGAAGAUGGAUCAAUGCCACCCUCGUCAACAUGGUCGAUGAUGACGAUCCAGAGUCCCUGAAACCGCUCAUCGAUGGCGGCACCGAGGGCUUUAAGGGUCAAGCCAGGGUCAUUCUCCCCACCAUCACCUCCUGUUACGAGUGCAGUCUAGACAUGCUCAACAAGCAGACCACCUAUCCCAUCUGCACCAUUGCCAACACGCCUCGCUUGCCCGAACACUGCAUCGAGUGGGCCAGCGUGCUCGAAUGGCCGCGUGUCUUCGGCGAUAAGAAGCUCGACAAUGACAACCCGGAUCAUAUCUCCUGGCUCUUUAACCAGGCAUCUACUCGUGCCGCCUCGUUUGGAAUCACUGGUGUCACAUGGAACCUCACUCAAGGCGUUGUCAAAAAUAUCAUCCCUGCCAUCGCCUCGACGAACGCCAUCAUCGCCGCCGCAUGCGUCCUCGAAGCUUUCAAAUUUGCCACCACUUCCGCGCCCUACCUUAAUAACUACAUGAUGUUCACCGGCAACGACAGCGUCUACACCUAUACUUUCGAACACGAAAAGCGGCCCGACUGUCCUGUCUGCGGCGGCGAGGCUCGCACCAUGACGUUCAGCAAGGACGACCCCGUCGAGCGUCUCAUCGAGCAACUCGGCGAGCUGGCUGACCUGCAGAUCAAGAAACCCUCGUUGUCAUUAGCAGGAAGACCGUUGUACUUCCAAGCACCGCCGCAGCUCGAAGAGGCCACUCGGCCUAACUUGGACAAAAGGCUUUCUGAGGUAUGCAAGGAAGGCGACGAGAUCACAGUCACCGAUGCUCGGUUGCCGUUUACUUUGGGUGUCAUUGUCAACUUUAGCUGA